AUGAGUGUAAUUAGCUGGAACUGCCGGGGUUUGGGCGGCACCCGGACAGUUCGUGAGCUCUUGGGCAUUGUGUCCAAGCAGCGGCCCAGCUUCGUUUUCUUAAUGGAAACGAAGGCGGAUGAUGUUAAAGUGGAGCAGGUGCGGAUUCAAUUGGGUUUUGAGGGUGCGUUUAGUAUGGAUUGUGUGGGGCAAGGUGGUGGUUUGGCGCUUUUCUGGAGGGAUUCCACCACGGUAUCUUUGUUAAGCUAUUCGAUGAAUCACAUUGACGCGGAGAUAGACAUUCCUGGCAGACCGAGAUGGAGAUUAACAGGCUUCUACGGCAACUGGGACAGAUCGCAACGACAAAUUACGUGGGAUCUUCUGCGCCAUCUCAAAAACAAGUCCCCCCUGCCGUGGCUGGUGGUGGGCGACUUCAAUGAUAUUGCAGGCUUAUCCGAAAAGAGGGGCUCUCAUUCGCACCCUGAAGCUCUCAUUGAGGGCUUCAAUGAUACGUUGAAUGAUUGCCGUUUGAAUGACUUGGGGAUGAUUGGAGGCCGCUUCACAUGGGAACGUGGUCACGGGACUGAUGCGUGGGUAGAGGAACGGUUGGACAGGGCAGUGGCUACAAUUGAGUGGUCGGACAUACAUGAGGAAGUGGUGGUGCAGAACCUACAGACUCUCUGGUCAGAUCAUAGUGCUAUAUUCGUGGACUUGGAACCGAGACCCAUGCGAACGGCGAUGCGUAAGUUUCGUUUUGAAGCUGCAUGGCUUCUGGAAGAAGGUUGUGAGGGUGGUUGA